UAUGUUGGCCAACGUGCUUCGAAAAGUGUAUAUGCGGCAUCAGACCGGAUUGUCAUUCCCUUUCGAGAUCGCCUUGUGUACACAUACGGUAGUCUCCUGAGUGCUUAAUUUUAUUUUCUACUUAUUUUGACUCUUAUCAGUAAAUUUUUACAAAGGCGAAUUUGAGGGCGUAUACAUUAUUCAUUUUUGCACUGUAAAAUCAUAUAAAUUUAGUAAAAAUGAAGUGUCUUCAUCUUAUAUUGUUUGUGAGUUUCUUAUCAGUCUCACUUGGUCACGAAGAAUCUGUUCAUACAAUUCAAUUGACCAGUGAGAAUUUUAGCAAAGAAAUUAAAGAAAGCAACUUUUUUGUGAUGUUCUUUGCCCCAUGGUGUGGACACUGCAAACGUUUGGCACCAACGUGGGAGCAACUGGCUGAGAUGCUUAACACAAAAGAAGGCUCUAGAGUUAAGAUUGGUAAAGUAGAUUGUACUGAGCAGGACAGUGUUUGUUCAGCACAUGAAGUCACCGGAUAUCCUACACUGAAAUUCUUCAAAUUGGGCGAAACAGAGAGUACGAAAUUCCGUGGUACACGAGAUUUGCCCACUCUGACCACAUUUAUUAACGAACAAUUGGGUGAGACUGAUGAGAAAGAAGUUGAAGAUGAGAAGCCUGAGCUUCCUGAGGCCGUUCAAGGUCUGCAAGAGCUCACAGACGAAACCUUCAGUAAAUUCGUGGCAAAUGGAAAGCAUUUUGUCAAAUUCUAUGCUCCUUGGUGUGGACAUUGCCAAAAACUAGCCCCCACGUGGAAUGAUCUCGCCAAGGCACUUGAACACGACAAAUCCGUAUCAAUCUCAAAGCUAGACUGCACUCAGUACCGACCAAUUUGCCAGGACUUUGAAGUUAAGGGUUAUCCUUCACUGCUGUGGAUCGAAGAUGGGAAGAAAGUCGAGAAGUAUUCAGGAGGACGCUCUUUGGAAGAUCUCAAAGCCUAUGUAGACAAGAUGGUUGGAAAGGAGGCUAAGGUAGUGGAAAAGACCCCAGAGGAAACCAAAGAAGAUACCCAAGUUGCCCUUCAACUGACUGCAGAUACUUUUGAUCAUGCCAUUGAGAAAGGAGUUACUUUUGUCAAAUUCUUUGCUCCCUGGUGCGGCCACUGCAAACGCCUGGCUCCAACAUGGGAGGAACUUGCUGUGAAAUUCGUGGGCAAUAGUAAUGUUAAAAUUGCUAAAGUUGACUGCACAGUAGCAGAAAACAAGGAACUCUGCUCUGCUCAGGAAGUGGACGGUUUCCCCACAUUGCAUUUAUACAAAGCAGGUGCCAAAUUGGAGGAAUACAAUGGGUCCCGGACCCUCGAAGCCCUACACCAAUUUGUGGCGAAGCACGAUAAGGGUCACGAUGAAUUGUAAAGUGAAUCUACAACAAAGUAUCAAUUGCUGGUGAUGUUAAAAUACUUAAUAUCGAAACUGGAGGAUUCUCCUUGACUUCCAACAUUAUUCAGCAAUUGUGAAAGUUUCCAAUAAAGAAAAAAAAACCUUUCUAAAGUA